CGUCCGCUCCCUUUUUGCUGCUGCUCGUAGCACUCAAGCCUGGCUUGCAAGUGGAUGGAUCGCAGUGCUCGGUGGUGUCCGCGGUCAUGGUGCGACUAAUAUGAAGACACUCAACCCUCCAACAAUGGGCAAGAACAAGUGGGCCGGUGUGGUUUUGUUGUCGCUGCUCGUCUCGCACGUGAUCUGCCAAGGCGAGAAAGCCGAGGAGAAGAAGUUCAAGUCGGCGCUGCCCCCGCCGCCGCCCCCUCUGAUCGAAAUCGUGCACACGGACGUUCCGCACGAAGAGACGCAGGAGACGGUGUCGCCGCCGCCAGUCUUCUUCGCCACGGAAAACUCGACCGUGGUCACGGCGCAGACCGGCAGCACCGCAUUAGUUCCAUGUGUCGUCAAAAACAUCGGAGACGGCGUGAUAUCGUGGAUAAGGCGGAAGGAUUAUCAUUUGUUAACAGUCGGUCUCACCACGUACAGCAGCGACGAUCGCUACCAAGCAGUGCAUGCGCAGCAUUCAGAGGACUGGACGCUGCAAGUUAAAUUUGUGCAAGAACGAGACGCAGGCUUGUACGAGUGCCAAGUGACGUCUCAUCCGCCAACAAGUAUUUUCAUAGAACUCCGAGUGGUUGAGGCGCGAGCGGAAAUCGUGGGUCCCGCCGAGAAGUUUCUGAAGACGGGCAGCACGCUGAAGCUGUCGUGCGUGUUGCGGCAGAGCACGCAGCCGCCGCUGUUUGUGUUCUGGUACCACAACAACCGCAUGAUCAACUACGACGUGGACCGCGGCGUGAACGUGAGCGCCGACGAGAGCCGCACCAGCUCGACGCUGGUCAUCUCGGCGGCGCAACGCACGCACUCGGGCAACUACAGCUGCGUCCCCAACAACGCCCAGCCCGCCUCCACCUACGUCCACGUCCUCAACGCUGGCGAAAACCCGGCGGCGAUGCAAACUGGCGGUCGCGGCUUGUCGUGGCUGCGGUCGCCGUCGGUGUGGCUGCUGGUGGGGUGCGUGGUGCUGACCGUGUCGGCGGGCCGGGGGUUGGAGGCGGCCCCGAGCAGGACUCAGACAGUGCUCCUCUGAACGGCCCCCGCCGCCUCUCGAAACAGUUUUUGUGAUAAUUGUGAUGAUGUGACGAAGUGGAAGGCGAACUCGACACACCAGCCGAUCUCUUAUUAAACCAUUUAUCAUCCGCGCGCCUGCAGAAAAUCAUAUUUUUAUCCCCAUCCGUUUUUUAUCUCGCUGACCUUCCGAGGCCGCCGAAACUUGGCCCGGCCGGCCGACGGAUGGAUAAAAGGGCUCAUCCACCCCAGCAUCUGAAUCCCGAAUCGACUUUUUGUUUUAGUUUUAAACGAGGAAGACGACGCGGAGUUAUUGACUUUAUGGCAGCAUCCGCGGUGUUUUGUCAAGACGGAGAGGAGCUGGCUCGGAAUCGGCCCAGGGCAAAGUGGCGACGAUAUUGUCUCGUAAAUACACACUUGAGUGAAAGCAGCGGUAACUUUUAUUAAGAGAGGCGAAUUUCGCGACAGAGUUCAUUCUCUGCAUCAGAAAAUGGAACAGUUUCAGCCAAGAUAUAUAUAAAUAAGGGAAUUGUUUGUACAUAACUCGGUCGGGCCAACCUUGCCCACUUCCAUCUUCUCUCUUCUCUCUCUCAGUUUUAUGUUUACACAUUCAAUGUUAGAGCAGAGAUAUAAAUAUUAUAUAACUGUAAAUACCUCUAUUCCGUAUCAAAAAAGAUAUAUGAGUUGUGCAAAUAUACAAAUAUUUAAGCAGUGAGUGUUUCUAUAAAAAAGAGCAUCAAAAGAAGAGGAAUUUAUGUGCACAAAAGUGUUGGAUUUAUUAGGUAGUGCGCGAGUGUGAGGAAGAAAAGAGAUUUUUUAUCCGUCUUGUCGCUCUGCAAUUUUCUCGCGGGUCGGAUUUAAUUCCAUUAGGUGCGCGCAGGACAUGUCACGCCGGUUUAAUUAAAUGACCUGUCCGACCUCCUUUGCUUAUUUCUCAAAAUGUCCUUCCGUUUGUGUAUAAUCUGGUGAAAUGUCUAGCUCGGAGGGUGUGGAAAAAGUGCUCAAAAUUUACCCAGUGUAGAUAAUAAUCAAUUAAAGAGGAAUUCCGGUACAUUUUUUCAUUUCUGAAUGUGAAAAAGGAAUAAACUUGAUGACCAACUAUGAAAUUAAAAACCAAACGUAAGAUUCAAACAAGGAGUUUAUUGGACUUUCAUCUUUUCCCGCCAAACGAAUUUGAACCUCAAAUGGAGUUAGAGCUGAUUGAAUUUAGUUGAAAACAGCCAAAAAGCAAUAUCAACCCUCCCCAUUACAAGGUUCAAAUGUUUUUGGCGCGUAAACGCAAUAUUUGGUGCAAAAUUUUAAUUUUUUUAGUCAAGAAUUGAACGUUUCAGUCGUGAAAUUAGAAGGAAAGGAAAAAGUGCCGGUGUUUCUCUUUAAUACAAACUCGUGCGAUGAAAAGAUUGUUUUUGUUGAACAGAAUUUAUAAUAUGAAAUGCUUAAUUUGUUGUUGUCACAAAGUGGCGGUGUUGGUUUUGCAACUCUAAUGAAAUCAAAGCCUGCUGCUGCGAAUAUACGUAUCCAUUAGCACAAACAAACAAACAGACACACGCGCCGACCGUAUAAGAAACAAACUGCAGAAAGACCCUCAUUCCCAUCUUUGCUUGAUUGUGUGCGUAUUUAAUAUAAAUAAUGAUGAUGAAGACUUUAAUUGUGAAGCAGCAACAGCCACUCGUCUCUCUGAUAAAGUGCAGACACAUUUACCAACAAAACACGCAAACAAACACGCAGGCGAGACAAAUUCUGUUGUCAUUUCACCACGCAACCCCCACCACUCGUCGUGACACAAUUGUAAUAUUAUUAUAAUAUCGUUGUCAACGACAAUUACGGAAAGCGACAAAAUAAAAACAUUGAUCGUUAUUGUAUUUUAUUAAAUCAUGCGCGUUUU